AUGAUGAACCGCCGGCUUGUGCAUCUGGUAGCCCGCGCCACCAUCGGCGGCCGCCAAGCCUACACGCUGCACCCCAUCGACCCAUCGACCUUCUUCCAUGACCGAAUGAAACCAAGCGGCGCGGACGAUGGAACGGCGACGAUGGAGGAAUUCCAGCCGCCCCCACCGGCCAUGACCUUCCUCGGACCCGACACGGAACCCCAAGACAUGGAUUUCAUGCCCGUCGGCGACAAGGGCGUCCUCGCCGUGGACUGCGAGGGUAGCGCCGCCCUCUACUCCGCCUCCUCGCAGACCCUGAGCACCAUCCCCAUGCUGCGCGCUCCAAAGGUUGAGCCCAUCUUUUUCCCCGUCGGUGACAGCCGCCUGUACGUCAUGGAUCGGAAACCUCGACGAGACCCCCGCCGCUGCUUCCUGUCCCUCAUCCGUGGGCGCGAAUCCGGCCUCCGUUGUCGGAUGGCAUGGCACUGGCGAUCUCUCCCGCCGCCACCCUACCUGCCCCCGACCCGCUGGGACGACGACUCUUUCGAAGACGACGACGACGACGACUCUGACUUGGACGAUGACAGGCAAGCCAUGGUAGACGACGGGUCCAAGUCCAGUAUGGUGGUGGACGGCGAGCUGGGCGACAUAGCGGGGCACACGGUCGUGGGCGAUUCGAAGAUCUGGAUAUCCACGGCCGGCGCCGGCACCUACACCUUCGACGCGGGCAGCGGGGCGUGGGCGCCCCGGCCGUUGUACUGGCCGCUGCCGUUCCGCGGCCGCGCCGAGUUCGUCCCGGAGCACGGCCUCUGGUUCGGCUUCUCGUCACAAGCUGGCGAGGGGUGGAACCCGGUGGCGUCCUACCUAGUGCCGCUGGGCUCGUGGAGGUUCUUGGUCGCCAAGUUCUUCGAGACGAGAGAGUGGCAGCAGUUCAAAGAUGGCGGCGGGGAUUAUGGAAAGUGCGACAACUUUGCGGUGUUUGCCGGCGUGGAGCUGCUGCCCAAGGCCGGCGGAGGGCUGAGCAUGAUCAAGCACCGCUCCAAACGUUACUCCCACGUCUGCACCGCGCCGGAUUGGGUGAUUUGA